AUGCAGAAGAAAGAUGGUGCCGCAGAGAUGUAUGUCGACGUCGAUGAUUUGCUGGCAAUUUUGUACAUUUUGAAGCUUGAUAGAUCAAUAUAUGAUUUGGUGGGCAAUUCCACAGCCGGAAAUUGCAGAUAUAGUCAAGUUAUUCCAUUAGGCCUUCACGGAAGAUUAGACAUCGACACAAAAUAUGGCUACACAAAAGGUUUUCUACCUCAGGGCAGCAGGAAAUAUUUCCCUUUGCGUCAGCCCACAACCCAACAAGUAAUGGUGGACACAAUAUCUGCUGGUCAAACUACAAUAUUAAGCGUUGGUUCAAGUACCAAUUUGGCAAUUUUCCUAAUGUCCAAUCCACAUUUGAAGAAAAAUAUAGAGCAUAUAUACAUCUUGGGUGGCAGUUUGAGCCCCAGGCGCAUAAAUUGCCCCACAAGUUACACAUCAUCAUGCCCUAGUGGCAAUGUAUACACGGCUGACAAAACCGCUCCAUCUUCGGAGUACAACUUUUUUACCGACCCUUUUGCUUCGUACCAGGUAUUACACUCUAGGAUUUCGAUAACUCUUGUCCCACUUGGCGCAACGGACACUAUCCCCAUUUCAAGCCAAUUUAUGGAAGAAUUUGAGAAGAACCAACACACUUUUGAGGCACAAUACUGUUUCAAGGUCUUGAAAAUGAUGCGUGAUACUUGGGGCCCAAAUUUCUUCGACAUUUUCUUCAUGUGGGAUUCAUUUUUAGCUGGCGUGGCUACUUCAAUCAUGUCCAAAAAAAACAACAUAAACGGGGAAAAUGAAUUUGCUGACAUGGAGUUUAAGAAUAUCACGGUCAUCACUUCCAACAAGCCCUAUGGGAUAUGCAAUGAUUUAUCAAACCCCUUAUUUAUUGACUGUAACAAACCCAAGUUCAACUUGAAGAGAAAAUGCGUUCAUAGUGGCCAUGUUUGGAAUGGAUUAGGAGAUCCUUUGUGCAUUCCCCCAUCUGUACAUACCCAGGACGGAUCUACACAAGAAGUAACUGGUAAAGAAGGAGUGCGUGUUCUUGUUGCUCUAAGAGCAAAGCCUAAUCCUGAGAAGAAUAGUAGAUUAGACAAAGCUUUCUACCAAAACUUUCUUGAUGUCAUAAACCAACCACAACAAAGAGGAAAGUACAACUUCACAACACAGUUUCCUCACUACAGACAAGUCGCCAAUUUGCCAGAUUUUGUGGAAAGAAAACUUGGAAAGGCUGUUGUUUUUGACAUGGAUAUGAGUCCUGGAGAUUUUUUGGCCCUCAUUUAUCUCCUCAAAGUACCUGUCGAAGUAAUACAUCUCAAGGCAAUACUAGUGACUCCUACUGGAUGGGCAAAUGCAGCAACAAUCGACAUUAUCUAUGAUUUGCUACACAUUAUGCAACGGGAUGAUAUCCUUGUUGGCCUUGGAAAUACAUAUGCAACUAAUCAGACUUAUCCCAACUUCAAAUCCAUUGGAAGCUGCAGGUAUAGAAAAGCCAUCCCAAAAGGCGCAGGAGGCUUUCUCGACUCAGACACAUUAUACGGCUUCGGACAUGAUUUGCCUCGAAGCCCUCGAAGGUACACAUCAGAGAAUUCGGUGAGAUAUGGUGCUCCUCAAGACACUGAACACCCAGAACUUAGGCAACCACUGGCUUUAGAGGUGUGGGAUUUGGUUAUCAAAUCACUGGGCUCCACAUCUAAAGUUACCGUCUUGACAAACGGGCCAUUGACAAGUCUUGCGCAAAUUCUUUGUCCGAAUAAGAAGUCUACAUCUCAGAUUCAGGAAGUUAUUGUAGUUGGAGGACAUAUCAGCCAAAAUAUAGAUGAUGGAGGAGAUGUGAAAAACAUUCCCUCGAACAAAUAUGCAGAGCUCAACAUGUUUCUUGAUCCUUUGGCUGCAAAGACAGUUUUCGACUCGAACCUCAACAUCACCCUCAUCCCUCUAGAUGUCCAACGUGGGGUCCGCCAAUUCAGUAUGGCCCUCUCAGCUCUCAAAACAAAAACUACUCCAGAGGCUGUAUUUGUCACGAAUUUUCUCUCCACAUUGGAUUGGUUAAAUAAGGUUCAUCAUAGCUACAAAGACAUUGACAUGUUCGUUGGGGAAAUUCUUGGAUCGGCAAUCUUAGCUGGUCAUGAUUCGUUUCUCAAAACGACAAGUUAUUCACUUAAGAAAGUUAAAGUUUUGUCAACAGGUAACGAAUCUGAAGAUGGAUGGAUGAUUAGUGAUCAAAACAAAGAUAAUACAGUGAGGGUAUUGGAAAAGGUGAACCCACUAGCUUUUUACGAUACUUUUGCGAAUCGACUUGGUGCUAAGGAGCAAUCGGCUAAAACCGGAAGCUUUUCUGUGAAGAAGAGCAGAGGAAAAUAUUGAGAUAGAUGAAAAUGGCAUCAAGAAAAGAUGCCAUAGUUCCUACAGGAAGGUCACUUGAUAACAUGUUUUUAAUUUUCAAUAAAAGAAAUAGUAAUAAGGUGCCAGAAAUAUCGUACGCACCUUUUUCUGCUUUUGGUUUGGUUUUACCAAUUUCAGUUGAAGCAUGUUGUGAGCAAAGACUACUGGAAUGAGGAUCCUUAAAAAAUCAAUAAUUAGCUCUUCUAUAUUCAAAAGUUAUCAUCUUGAGUUCAUUAAAAAUAACUACUUUCAAGAAA